ACUGCCAUUUAAAUAACGCGCCAGCAAUAUAUAAGGAAGUAUUCAGCGACAAAAGACCUACAAUCCAGCCAGCAAACAUCACUUCGUUAUAAUCCACUAGAAGCAGCAUGCAGCCGCAGGUUAUCACGGCACUUGUCGCCUUGCUGCUGUGCGUGGCCUCCACUUCGGGUACAGCCAGAAGCCAAACAGAACAGAACCAGUAUAAUGACUACCCGGACUACGAGUAUGAUUACGAUGGUUACGAGCCUUCGACAUAUAAUGGAUUCCUGGAGUGCGGCCUGAGAAAAUACUCGGACGAAACUGACACACUUUACUGCUGCACGAUACCCUACUAUAACCUGUUCCCGGGGAUACCGCAGUCGUGGGCGGCCGAGUCGUGCAUGCAGGAGAAGACUAGCCCGGAGACGGGCGUCGUCCGCUACUGCUGCGCGCUGCCCGCGGAGCAGCAGGCGCCCGGCGGCGACGACGACGACCAAGGGACGUCUUCCGAGGCGGCGACCACCUCGGCGCCUCCCGCGGAGGAGGAGACGCCCCAGGCGCACGGCGACUUCUUGAUCCCCAUCGUGCGUCCCGGCUGGCUCAUGUUCAAGAGCUUCCAGUAGCGACCUCCGUGAGGCUCAUGUUCAAGAGCUUCCGGUAGGGACCUCCGUGAGGCUCAUGUUCAAGAGCACUCCGGUAGGGACCUCCGUGAGGCUCAUGUUCAAGAGCACUCCAGUAGGGACCUCCGUGAGGCUCAUGUUCAAGAGCACUCCAGUAGGGACCUCCGUGAGGCUCAUGUUCAAGAGCUUCCGGUAGGGACCUCCGUGAGGCUCAUGUUCAAGAGCACUCCGGUAGGGACUUCCGUGAGGCUCAUGUUCAAGAGCACUCCGGUAGGGACCUCCGUGAGGCUCAUGUUCAAGAGCACUCCAGUAGGGACCUCCGUGAGGCUCAUGUUCAAGAGCACUCCGGUAGGGACUUCCGUGAGGCUCAUGUUCAAGAGCACUCCGGUAGGGACCUCCGUGAGGCUCAUGUUCAAGAGCACUCCAGUAGGGACCUCCGUGAGGCUCAUGUUCAAGAGCACUCCGGUAGGGACCUCCGUGAGGCUCAUGUUCAAGAGCACUCCGGUAGGGACCUCCGUGAGGCUCAUGUUCAAGAGCCUCCGGUAGGGACCUCCGGGUCCUCGAAGACCGACGGACACUCUCUCCCCUCCGCCCCUUCUUCAAGCGAACCACCGGCAGACGUGAGGGCCAUUCAACCUGCAUUCCUGCCGAAAAACUUUUUUCUUCGCCAAUUUUUUUUAUUUAAAACAAUAAAAAAAAAGUUAUAUUUCUGUAUAUAAAGGUUUUGCAAGAUUGUUUAUCAUUAUUAUUAUUUUUAUUGCUCGAUACUCCCCAUCUGUGAGGUACAUUUAACCUAGGAAUUUAUGUGUGCAAACUAUUCGUUCGCUUGAGGAGGAAAUAAAUGAAAUUAUGCACCUGA